UCUCUGUGGGCAGCGCCGCCAGCCAAUCGCCGGGCGUACCGCCCUAGGCCCCGCCCCCGCCUCCUGUGGAUCAGCUGAGGGAGCCGAGAUGUCUGUUGACAGCGGCGGAGGCUGUGUGGCCGGUUCCGGGCUCCGCGCAGGGCGGGGGAUGUGAGUCCUAUGGAGCUACCAGUGGAAGACGAGCCGCAGCUACCGCAGGAGCCCUGGGGAAGGCUCCUUCGUCUAGGCGCGGAGGAGGACGAACCGCAAAUCCUUCUGUGGAAACGCGAGUGGACCAUCGGAAGGAGGAGAGGCUGUGACCUCUCUUUUCCCAGCAAUAAACUGGUCUCUGGAGACCACUGUAAACUUACAGUGGAUAAAAAAUCUGGUCAGGUGACAUUGGAAGAUACCAGCACCAAUGGAACAGUGAUCAACAAGCUGCAAGUUGUUAAGAAGCAGACUUACCCUUUGCAGAGUGGGGAUGUCAUCUAUUUGGUAUACAGGAAGAAUGAACCAGAACACAAUGUGGCAUACCUCUAUGAAUCUUUAAAUGAAAAACAAAGCUUGCCUCAAGAAUCCUUUGAAGCCAAUAAAGAAAAUAUGUUCCAUGUGACCAAAGAUUCCUCAGGUCUGGGGCAGGGUGAUGACCUCCAGGUUCCACCAUUGUCACCCAUGGCUGAAACAUGCUUAGAGGAACCACAGCCAUCAACAUCGACAUCAGACCUCUUCCCCUUGGCCUCUACCUCUUCUGUGGAGCCAGAGCUGACCUCUGCAGGGCAAAAACAUUCCUCUAGCUCUGGACUUGGGAAAGCAGGUAUCUCCCCAAAAGAAUGUAGUCCACUUGUUGCAAAUCAUGAACUCUCUAGCCUUUCUCCAGUUCUCCGAGACAAAGAAGCAUCCUUCUCUUUGUUGGAAACUGAAGAUAAUGAGGAAUUGGAGCCUGCCAAAAAAAAGACAAAAGGAGAUGAAGAAAUUGACUUGAACCUGCAGUUAUUGGUUGCAGACCAGUGUGGAAAUGCCCAGACCUCAUGUGAGGAUGUCAGAGUUGCCUCUGUGAAGCCAGACAAGAUGGAGGAGACACUAACAUGCAUCAUCUGUCAAGAUCUUCUGCAUGAUUGUGUGAGUUUGCAGCCUUGUAUGCACACAUUUUGUGCGGCUUGCUACUCUGGCUGGAUGGAGCGUUCAUCUCUGUGCCCUACCUGCCGAUGUCCAGUGGAGCGCAUCUGCAAAAACCACAUCCUGAACAACCUCGUGGAAGCGUACCUUAUCCAGCACCCAGAUAAGAGUCGCAGUGAAGAAGAUGUGAGAAGUAUGGAUGCAAGGAAUAAAAUCACUCAAGAUAUGCUGCAACCCAAAGUCAGGAGGUCUUUCUCUGAUGAAGAGGGGAGUUCAGAGGACCUGCUAGAGCUAUCAGAUGUUGAUAGUGAAUCCUCAGACAUCAGUUCUCCCUAUCCUGUCUCUCCUCCUGUGUACUUCAUAGUUGCCUCUCUAGAUGAAAAAUUUUUGUCAGCUACCUUUCACCUGGUGUCUGGACAUAUCUGACAUAAAUAUGUAUGUGCUUCAGCAGCCCAGGAUUAUAUGUGCCCUCUUCAAGGAAGCCAUGCCAUUUGCACCUGCUGCUUCCAGCCUAUGCCUGACCGAAGAGCUGAACGUGAGCAGGAUUCCCGUGUUGCCCCUCAGCAGUGUGCAAUAUGCCUGCAACCCUUCUGCCAUUUGUAUUGGGGCUGCACCCGGACUGGCUGCUUUGGCUGCUUGGCCCCUUUCUGUGAGCUCAACCUGGGGGACAAGUGCUUGGAUGGGGUGCUGAACAACAACAACUAUGAGUCGGACAUCCUGAAGAAUUACCUGGCAACCAGAGGUCUGACUUGGAAAAAUAUGUUGGCAGAGAGUCUCCUGGCUCUACAGCGGGGUGUAUUUCUCUUAUCUGAUUACAGAAUCACUGGAAAUACUGUGUUGUGUUACUGCUGUGGUCUGCGUAGCUUCCGAGAGCUCACCUACCAGUAUCGGCAGAACAUUCCUGCUUCUGAGUUGCCAGUGACUGUAACAUCCCGUCCUGAUUGCUACUGGGGCCGGAACUGUCGCACUCAAGUGAAGGCUCACCAUGCAAUGUGA